UGAGUUUUGCGCACGCGCAGAACGGAUCGGGCAGCAACCUUUAAUGUCAAUGCAUCCAUGUUUGUUGCUGUUUUAAACUUUAAGCGUGAAGCUUCACUUAAACGACACUACAGCGAGAAAUUUAAGUCGACAGUGGAAGAGACAUUAUGAGUCACGAAUAUAUUACAAAGUUGCGAGUUUCAACAGAGGCAAAACUCAGAAAAUUCAACUCUCUGCGUGAUCGAGAGGUGCAGCCUGGUGAGUUUUGGGACGUGGUUGUUGUGACCGCUGUGGAUGCGAGCCAGAGAGAAGCGUAUGAGCUGCAGAUCAGUGAGAAAGCUUACAGGAAAGAACUUCCCCUUGGAAUUCACUACAAAGUCUUCUCAGAUCCGCCUGGCUCUAAAAUAGGGAAUGGGGGGUCCACUCUGUGCGCGCUGCAGCAGCUGGAUGACAUCUUUGGGAAGGCUUUGGGCAGACUGAGAGUCAUCCUCAUCCAUGCAGGAGGGUUGAGUCAACGCUUGCCCAACGCCAGCGCUCUGGGGAAGAUCUUCACUGCCAUGCCGCUUGGUGACCCUCUUUACCAGAUGCUGGAACUCAAACUGGCAAUGUAUGUGGAUUUCCCAUCACAGAUGAAGCCCGGUGUACUGGUGACUUGUGCAGAUGACAUAGAGCUCUACAGUACUGCAGACGAUGAGAGUGUCAGGUUUGACAAACCUGGUUUUACAGCUUUAGCCCACCCCUCACCGCUGACUACUGGGACAACCCAUGGCGUGUUUGUGUUGGAUUCGUAUGAAAAAUCUACUUACUCAGAAAUGGAGAACAUUUCCUGCCUGCGCUUUCUGCACAAGCCGAGUAUUGAUGAGAUGCGAGAUAGCGGAGCUGUUUGUACAAGGCGAAACGGUUGUUUUUCCCUCUCUGAUACUGAGUUUGUCUACACAGACAGCACCUAUUAUGUCAGCUUUGAUACUGCGAAGUCUCUUCUCAAUCUUCUGAAAGAGUUGCAGCCUUUGGACUGUGAGAUAGACGCAUACGGUGACUUUCUCCAAGCUCUGGGGCCUAAAGCCACAAUAGAUUACACCAGCAACACCACAAAACCCAAAGAGGAGAGCAGUCUGGUGGAAGUUCGACAAAAGAUCUUCCAUCUUUUAAAGGGAACUCCCCUGAAUGUCAUUCUCCUGAACAACUCCAAGUUUUAUCACAUCGGGACCACAUCAGAGUACCUCUUUCACCUCACUGAGGAUGCGGCGCUGAGGAGUGAGCUGGGUCUCCUGUCAUCUGCUUUCAGUGUACAUGUAAAUGAAAACUCUGAGGGCUCUUCAGCAUGUAUUAUGUACAGCGUCCUCGAUCCCAGUUGCUCUGUGGGACCUGGAUCAGUGGUGGAGUACUCCAGGCUUGGAGCUGGAGUUUCCAUAGGCAGCUGCUCCAUCAUUAGCAGCUGCUGGGUCAGUGCAGGCCUUUCAGUGCCCAACAGAAUCUUCAUGCAUUCACUGUGUGUGAAUUACAAGAACCAAACCGGGUUUGUUUCUGUGGCGUUUGGGAUUAAUGACGACUUGAAGCACAGCGUGAAGGCCCCUGCAUACAUGGAAGAGCUGAAGCUUUUUGGUUUCAGCCUUGCAGAAUGCCUGUGCCACUGGGGGCUGAACAAUGAAGUCUUGAGGUUCUCUGGUGAUGCAUCCAGCUGUAGUUUGUGGAAGGCUUGUUUGUUUCCUGUUUGCUCUGACCCACAAAGCUCAUUCUCAAUGUCUCUGGAGAUGCUGCAGGCCGUCCUGAGUGGCUCAGUGUUCACAUUACCCAAAGACACAAAGCUUAUGUCUAUGCAAGAGUCCUUACAGUGUAAGAAUCUGGAGGAGAUGUUGAAGUUCAGGAAGGGACUAUAUGAAGACAUCACACGGAGAAAGAUUUGAAGGCAGUCUUUUUAACUGUGCUCUUGUGAGACUUUUUAUGUUGUCAGUUUAAGUACGAGAGCACAUUGAUUGUGCCAUUAUUAGUAUUAGUGUCUUACAUGAUCAUUCAGUGAUCAGAUGAUUUUGUUUUGAGUAGUAAGAUCUGAUAUGGAUUCUGUCAUGUGAUUCAUUGUGCUAUAACCUUUCAUAAGGAUCAUCUGUAAAGUUUUGCAUUUUUUUUUUCCUAUGGAAAAUAUAACUUUCUGUUCUCUUUCAUAA